GUGUUCCCCCGCGACAGAAACUCUCCCCAAAAGAACAUUCAAGUGUUCAACAAAUGACUCGUUUUCUUAAGCAUCUUGCAAAGGCUUCUAUUUCCCUACCUCUUACAUCCAAGACGACGUUUCCAGUACGGUCACUCAUCCUACGACCGCAACGAACGGAUCUCUCCCCCCAACUCGUAUCCCUCCCUACAUAUGGAAUAAGAGCAAUGGCUUCGGAUUCAGACUACAUGGCCUUCUUGGAUAAGGCAAACCGACAGCGCGAUGCCGGAAGCAACGAAGCGCACACCGAGUCAUCAACGCUACCUUCCAAACAGGUACGCACCGAAACUGUUGAGAGUGGUGUCAAGGUACCGGGGCCCUUGAAAAAGGUCGAUGCGUUUUAUGUGUCGGAGACGGACGAACCUUUUGAGCCUGUGGCUCUGAGUUGGAAGGGAGCGUCGAGUGGGAAGUGGCCUGAGAAUGAUGAAUUCGCAUCUUUGAUUGCCUCUGGAUCCAAAUCAGACAUAGCCAACUCUAUUGAGACCCUCUCCGAAAAAUCGUUCGACCCUCGAAAUCAAUACAGCAGUGUGAUCAAAGCGGUCCGUGCAGCGGUUGCAGCCUCAGAUUCCACUAUCAAUGAGAGCGACGUGGAAGUCAAGAUAUAUCGAGUCGAGGUCGGUCAUUCUAGGGUAGAAUACUGGAUUAUCGCCCUGGAUGGCGCCGAGGAGAAGAUUGUUGGGCUGAGAGCGAAGGCUAUUGAGUCGUAGUAUACGCAACGGUUGGUGAGAUAAUAUUGCUUAUCACAUUCGUGGGAUUGUAUUUAUUCAGCACUGGCAUACUGUAUUUGCUCUCAUGUCGUCAAUUGACCAUUAAAUCAUAGAAAUGUCUACAUAUAGCUUGACUACAG